CUAUAUUGUGAUUUUUAACGUUGGCUUAUUUGCCAGCAUAGUUUCUCCUUGCGAAUAUUCUAUCAUAUUAUUUGUUUAUGCUAUAAAUAUGAGACAUAAGUUUCACCAAUUUUACAAAGAAACAUGGCUUUAAAGAUUGAGACUAUCCUUCUAUUCUUUCUCUGUGGUUCAAUUCUUUUGGGAAACAAUUUGAAAGUUGUUGAUGCUAAAAUAUGCCCUCAAUUUUGCUAUGAUGAUCGGUCAUACAUGACCUGCCCUUCUUCAGGAAAUCAACACCUCACUCCACCAUGCAACUGCUGUCUUGCAUCAACUGGUUGUACAAUUUUCAAAAAAGAUGGAACUUCUCUUUGUACUGCCAGUUGAAAUAGAUAUUGAUGUGAUGUGAAUGUUUAUUCACAUACUCAAAGAUCACUCUUCUGAAUUUUAAUAAGUAUGGCAUAAUAUUGUCAUUUAGAAAUUACAAUAACUUGUAAUAUGAAAAAUGAAUCAACUAAUAACUAAAAUUUCAUGCUA